CCCCAUCCAUUUCCCAACAAAUUCAAAAUCCAGAAAAAUAAAAAGUAAAAAUAUAUUGGUUUGAUUAUUGAAAGCCGUUUGCAGGCGGAGACAGAAAGCUCCACCGCCAACGGCUGCCGGAGAGAACCCAAAAUUUAGAAGAGAAUAUGGCGUUGAAUCAACAUUCUUAUUGCUCCUAUUUUCCCCUUCUCUUCCUCUUCCUUGCCUUUGCUUACUCUCACUCCCCAUUCCUCUCUUAUGAGGCACUCAAAUCUGGGCAAUUUACUGGGCGUUCCCUUCUUCAGGCCAAAAAAAAUUGCCCAGUAGACAUGGAAGGGCAGAAUUACACGAUCCUAACAAGCAAAUGCAAAGGCCCUAAAUACCCAGCAACACUCUGUUGUGAGGCAUUGUUGGAAUUUUGCUGUGGGUUUGUUGAUGAAUUAAACGACAUGACCAACAAUUGUGCUGAGACAAUGUUUAGUUACAUAAAUCUGUAUGGCCAAUACCCUCCUGGCCUCUUUGCCAAUCAAUGCAAAGAAGGGAAACAAGGUCUUUCUUGUGACAAAGCCCUCCAAGCCCAGGCCGAGAAAGCCGAGAUCAAAGCUGCUUCUUCUGCUUCUUCCACUCUACUAACUCCACCCCGACUCCUUUCUCUCGCUCUCGCUUCUACCUUUAUACUCUAUUUGUUGUUAUAGAAUACAAAAGUAACCACCACCACCACCACCACCACUCCCUUUUGCUUAUAUGAUGCCAAUGCCUUUUCAAA